GGCAACAAAUAAUUUUUUCGGGCUGGUGCGCCAACCAUUAUCCUUAUCAUUGUCAUCCGACCGGUACGUACGCGGUGUGUUCUUCGUUUUCCCUACGCAUCCCUACCAGUUUUUCUUUUGGUUAAUUUUACCCAGCUGCGUGAAGCUGAAAAAAUGUAUUAGAUGGUACGUACAGCAAUCGCUAUAUGAAGAAAAAAUAACAACAACAAAUAAAGAAGGACGACUAGUGUGUGUUAAGGAAACGCUUCGAAUGCUUUUCACGGUCACGGAAGUCAGACAGCGAAGCCGUGCGUUUCACGUGCCCUGUUGGCACGUUAGGCACGACAACACGUGAGUAAAGAAUGAAGGAAUGGUGGCAAAUCAUUUUGAUCCUCCCGUUCGGUACUCUUAUCUUCCUUUUCGGACGCUCUUGCUUGUAGCAGUCAAAGCAAAUUGUCUACGAAAAAAAAAAUAAAUAAAUAAGUACACCGUGUUGUGUGUCGCGAGUAAUUCCGUUUCCGGCGGUCUAUAAAGCUGCCUUCUCUUUUUUUGCCUUCCUAUUUCUAUUAUUCAAUAUCACCCUCUCCGCUUCCACUAGCAGAUAGUGAACCAUCAGUAAAACUCUCGAGAAUAUACGUAAGGGGGGAAAAAACGGAGCAAAAAACGAAUGCUCCCGAAUCACAUCCCCAAAUUGGGCACAAAACGAGCGUAUAAAAACUGUCCCGAUAGGCCGCUAACCGGACAAAGCGCUCGGGGAAGCUUUUUUCUGCUGUUUGCUGCUUUGGUCUGCGUUCUGCACACGGAGAGUCGGACAAUCUGGACGUGGUUCAAAGGUCGUCCGGUGCACAAUCCUUCCGAUCCGCUGUGUUAUGUUGGGUGAAGCAACAACGGAAACCAAAAACAACAACAAAAAAAAACUCUCCUCCCUUCGGUUAGUGACCAGCUUUUUUUUGCUGUAUGUUUAGGGGUGUAAGAGUGGGAACAAAACCAAAAUAACACCUGACGGUUGGUUGGUUUCUUUAACUCUCAAAAAUUCCAACAAUUACAAUAUUCAUGUUUUUUUAUUCUUUUUUGUUAACCUUUUUUAGUUUUUUUUUACAGUAAGCUCUGAGCAUUAGUUAGAGAGGGGUAGAGCAAAAUAAAGCGAUAAGAUGAUAAAAAUUAGAAACCAAGAAAAACAUUUCAAGAAUCUGCUUAAAAAUAUUCAUACCCUUGGCAGGAAUUGGUAAUCUGUUUUUUGUCGUUUGUUUGUUUGUUCGUUUCGUUCGAUAUACUUUUUUUAAGCAAUGAGAAACCUUAGGUCGCACAUAAAAAGAAAACGCAUGAUAACGUUUUGGAAAAAAGGGGCAACAUCCUGAGGACUUUGUUUGCAGCUUGAAGCACAGAUACGAGAUUUAAAAUCUUGUUUUUUUUAAUGUUUGUUGCUGUCAAUCGGGGUUUUUGAAAUCAUUCCAGCAGUUCACGAACGUCAGCUGUUGACUGUAGGUGGAAAAACCCCAUUGACUGUAUACUGAUGUAGUUCAAGUAGGUGUUCCAGUAGAUGAUACAGAAAGCGAUGUAGGAGCUUAUAUUUUGUUAUGUUUUAUUUAUUUUUAUUCUAUAUUUGUCAUAAAAAAGUACUGCCAAGCUUACUGAUGAAAACAUACUCUCAAGAAGACUCAGGAUUUUGAAGAAGAUCUGGAUUUGUCGUAUCAAACAUCUGGAAUAGUUUUCACAAAGUUCGGAUUUCAAUACGAUGUAGAAUUGUAGGCAAUUCUCGAAAAUAUAAAACUACAAAUUUUGACGAAGAGCAUGCCGAAGCACAUGCAUUAGACUUUGAAGGUUAAAAGAGGAUUUGUUAAUAUGUGUUUUUGGAAUCACAAGCGACGAGCUACUGUUGUGUUUGUGAUUAUUUUUGAUUAUUUAAAAGGGUUUUUGUUGACCGUACUGAAUAUUUUCACACCAAAAACUAGAUGCUGGAUCCAGAAGUGGUUUACUUCCAUUAGCUUUCUUGAGUCGACGGGAGUUUCGCCAAAUGUACGAAACUGUCAAACUUUAUUCAGAACCCAUCGAUAAGCUAAAAAUAAUUGAAAACGUUUUUGUUUUCCAAUCCGGUCCGGAUGCCCAUGGUAUUGAGAAUGUAUUCUGACAGUCUCCCAGGAUGCAUAUUAUAACUCCAUCCCCGGACAAUGGAUGAGUGAUUUCUGCUGAAUAAGAAUGAAAUGAAAACAAAAAAAAAAAAACCAAGAUGGAUACUAUCCAGUGACAGCCGGUUCUGGUGCUCGCGGUUCCAGAAAUAGAUGAUCCGGAACGUGGCAUAAACGUGUCCGGAAUGUUUGGGAAAUUCCCCAGACUACUCACCGGUUUUCUAGAGGGGUUUUAUUUUUUUUCCACCAACUUUCCCCUAACAAGUUUGCCGUUCGUGUCUUCGCUGUUGCGUCUCCCGCUUUUCCACCGCCAUGAAACACACUUGCCACUCAAACCGACAUCUUAUCGUGUGUUUUUUUUCUCUUCUCGCUAUUUUUUUUCGUUUCAGGACACAACGGAAAUACCGAGGUUUUGGAGUGGCUCAGAAGAAAGAAAGAUGGAAAGCAACGUGUGUGAAGUUUUCACGCAUCCUGAGCAACGGUGUCAGCAUCGGUGAUCGAAAACCAUCCCCGGGCACGUUCGUUCGAUGGUUUUCGGGUUUUCAAUGGCCGACUGUUUUUUUUUGGUGGACUUUUGGAUAGAAAAGAAUCUUCUUCUUGUUUGAUUGUUAUUUUUUUUCGCUUCGUGAGCUUCCAAUACUUAUAAAAUCUUUUUUUUUCUCUCUGUCUCUGACCCUCUUCUAUUCUUUCUUUCUCAUGCUGAAAUAGUGCUUAAUGAACUUCCUUGUCUCAAGGGGAAAGGACGUACAGGUGCAGAAAUGGUGUACAAAUAACCAAGGAAAAUACAAGUGACCGAACGAAAAGAAUUUGCUUUCGGUGUGACAUAAGGCAUUGUCAGUAAUAGCACGAGUAGUGAACUUGUUAAAUUAAAAAAGAAAGCAACCUAGAAAACAACACCGAAACAUCUUCCUUUUCAAAAUUUAUCAUCAGGAAAAAAGUUAAAGGAAAGUGAACGUAGUAAGAAAUAUAAUUGUGAUGCUCUUAAGAAUAUUAAAAACAGCUGUACAAGACUAGAAGUGCACCGCUAGCAACGUAACAAUAAACAAGUGAAGACAAAGAAACAGUCAUAAAACACGAAAUCACAAAAAGAGUGAAAGAUUCGGUAAAAUAAAAACCGCGCACAUACACAUACUGGCAAGAAAUAAAAGAAAUAGUCUGCUGGUCGGGUGCGACACGGCAGCAUCGAUGAAAUAUUUCACAAUUCAUAAGAGCACGCUGCACUAAACACCUCGCCAGCACAGCAUAGAAACUGUCAACGUCAGCCAAAUAUACAUCCCGAAGCGGUUUGGUUACCAUAUCUUCCAGGGAGAAAUGUCAUCCGAGUAGUAUACACAUACCGAGCGUACUACUACCGGUAGUGUGUGCGCGUUUUAGUGUUGAACGAAGAUAUCUUCCGUGUGCCGGGGAAAGGGAAAAUAAAAGAAAAAUAGGCGGAUUGAGCAAAAACAACACUGUGCGGGUGUAAAGAAAACCGGUGACACGACACCAUACCCCAAGGAAGUGCUGGCAAGUGUGUCUGUGUGUCUGUGUGUCCGUGUGACGGUGGUGUGAGAACAAAAAGUGCUUCCGUGACGGAAUUCCUUCCGAUUUGUCAGCGGUUUUGUACGAAUAGUGAACACCGGUAACCAGGAGGGGAGGUUGGCAUUGGGAAGGAAAGAGUCCAUUCCGUCUCCGGUCAAGAACACCACUCCUCUCGAUACCCUCGAUCAGGCGUCCUGGUGAGCGAGGGUGUGUGCAAGUGUAGGCUGGAGCUGCUGCUGCUACCGCUGCUGCCGUUGUCGUCUGUUUGAGGUCGUUUGAAUGGCUUACGGGGCGAGUACGGCGAGCGUGUACCAACUGCUGCUGCUGCUGCCACGACCGCAAAAUGGCUAGAUUCUACCAGACGGCUACAUUCGGCAAACUGUUUCACAAAUGGAUUGAAGGGGAAAGACGCCAUGACGCCACCAGCAGCAGCAGCAGCCGUCGCAGCCGCAGCCAUUACGCAGUAGCUGCCCAAACAUCAACGCACCACACCCGAACCCACCGGUCGCCCACUAGCAGUGUUCACUGCCGUGUCGCCAACGUUGUUAACGUCGCCAGCCGCGACGGAACGGUACGAAGCCAUGAACGAGUCGGAGUGUGCCAGCCUGCUCGCAUCCGUACAGUGGACGGAUCCGACCAAUCUGGUCUCGCUGGCGGUGCUGGCGUUUAUCAACGUGCUCGUCAUCGUCGGCAACUGUCUGGUGAUUGCGGCCGUACUCUGCUCGCACAAGCUGCGCAGUGUAACCAAUUUUUUCAUCGUUAGUCUAGCUGUUGCUGAUUUAUUAGUCGGAUUAGCUGUAUUGCCAUUUUCGGCCACCUGGGAGGUGUUUAAGGUUUGGAUAUUCGGUGACGUCUGGUGCCGUAUCUGGCUGGCGGUCGAUGUCUGGAUGUGUACGGCCUCGAUCCUUAAUCUGUGCGCCAUCUCGCUGGACCGGUACGUAGCGGUAACCCGGCCAGUCACCUAUCCGAGCAUAAUGUCGACCAGGCGCGCCAAGUCGCUCAUCGCCGGGCUGUGGGUGUUGUCCUUCGUGAUCUGCUUUCCACCGCUGGUCGGGUGGAAGGAACAGAAAGUGAAAGAGAACGUUUAUUAUCAAUACGGAAACUACACACUGGUGUCGGUGACACCUUCCCCCGCGCCUCCACUUCCCUGUCCUUGGACGUGCGAGCUGACGAACGACGCCGGUUACGUCGUCUACUCGGCGCUAGGCUCCUUCUACAUUCCCAUGUUCGUGAUGCUGUUCUUCUACUGGCGGAUUUACCGGGCAGCCGUCAGGACGACACGCGCCAUCAAUCAGGGCUUUCGUACCACCAAAGGUGGCAAGAACAAUCUCGAUGAUAGUCUGACGCUGCGGAUGCACCGUGGCAAAGGUGUUGCCUCGCUGAUGGAGUCGACGAUACGCGCACAGAAUGCGGUCCGUAUGUCGCUGGAAGGUUCGGGCCGGGGGCCACCGCCAACUCCGCCACCACACACGACGCAGCAACAGCAUCAUCAGCCGACGUCUCAUCCACCACCGUCACAGACAGAUGCACAGAACGGUGGUACCAGUACGGACGGUGGCAGUAGCGGUACCUCACCGAAUCCUCAAAUUUCGAUCUCACGUGCCUCGAGCGGGAGCGUCGUCGUGUUGCCCUGUCCCCGGCCCACUUCGACCACCAAUGCGUCCGCACCCGGGCUGCAGAUAUCUCUGCACAAUCACCAUCAUCACCAUCAUCAUCAUCACCAUCACCACAACUACCAUGGGCAGCCGACGAUACCGGGUGCAGCGGCGGGGACUCCCUCCUCACAGUCCUCACAGCAGUCUGCAGGCGGCCGGCACCAUCAAGCCAGCAGUCGGCGGAAAAGCGUAUUCAAAGAGGCACCAGUCGGGGUGUCCCGGGACCUUUCGCCCAACUCGUCCAAAAAGCUGGGCAAGAAGCACCUAAAGGUGCAGGUGAAACGCUUCCGCAUGGAGACGAAGGCUGCCAAAACGCUUGGCAUCAUCGUCGGUGGAUUCAUCUUCUGCUGGUUACCGUUCUUCACCAUGUACCUGACGCGAGCAUUCUGCGCCGAGUGCAUCAACAGUCUGCUGUUUUCGGUGCUGUUCUGGCUCGGGUACUGCAACUCCGCCGUCAAUCCGUUCAUCUACGCGCUCUUCUCGAAGGACUUCCGGCAAGCGUUCAAGCGAAUUAUACUGCGGUGUCUGUGCUCGAAGCGGCUCAAGCUGAACCUGCUGCUGAAGAAGAACUCCGCACACAACAACACCACGAACCAUUCGUACAGCCCGUCAACGUUCACACCGAUCGCUUCGACGCCUCGCACCGAGAUCGCGGAGAGUGGGGUGACCGGCGGUGUGUUCAGAUGACGCGCCAGCCAUCCGCCGGGAACCACGGCUGUAUCGGUUGCCCCAGUGCCCGGUUCCGCAAUUGGUGUCGACGGUCAGCAGCAGUUGCUACAGGUACAGACAUCAGCAGCAAAUAGUGCAAGUGUUUCACCGACCCCGACCAUGGUAGGUCUGGAGGGUGCUGACAGUGCGGACGAUACACGACUACGGCCGAUACGCGGUGAUCAAACGACAGAAAGUAGCUUCGACGAUGAUGAAGAUGACGACAGAGAGGAAGAGAACAAGGAGAUGGUCGAUGAAGUGAAUCGGCAGGGUUCAUGCAAAGCGCCUGACGCCACACGGUCACAGGUAGCCAUUGUUGAGCACUGCUCAACGUCUGAUCGGCAACCGUCACAGCACGGUGAUGGUGCGGAACAAAGUAUUAUACUGCUGCAUGACAUCUCGCCGACGGUGGCAAUGCGCACCAGUCCAUACGAAUCGGCCCGCGAGGACCGACGCGACGAUGCUUCCUCCAUAACGUUCCUGUAAGCGGGACAAAAUGGUCCGGAUCUUCUAGAAGUUUUUUUUUCCAGACCUCAGCAAACUUAUCGGCCAGCAGACAACCAGUUACACACACAAACAGAUACACACAUUCACAUUAAAACAGGCUCAUGUAUCCACACACCUCGUCACACGGUACACGAAAAUCACAGAGUAUGUCACCUGGUAGUACUACUACAUUAGUGAGUGCAAAAUGUCAAUCAGCAAAGCAAAUCCACUACAUCAACACAGGGUAUUAGCAUGGUAAGCGCAGCAGCAAACGGAACCCGCGCUCCAUCGUGAGCAAACGCUCCGAUCGGACGUAUAACAGAGCAUCCGCUCCGAUCGGACGUAUAACGGAGCAUCCGCUCCGAUCGUUGUGAGUAGAUGUUAAGCAGACGUGUAUUUAGUAGUGGCUGGACGGUAAAAACAGUAUUCUUCUUGCUUGUAUGUGUGUGAGCGUUAAGCGAAACGCUCACAGUGUAUACCGUGUUGGGACAACAGAUCGCCUGUUAACGUGAGAAAAUGGAAUCCCACGGUUGGGAACAAAAGAAUGGGAGAACGAAAAUGGGAUAAAGCGGAAGGCAGAAGCAGCAGCAACAAUCCUGACAAAGAAGUAAUAAUAACAAUAGCAAUGAUAAUGGAUACUAGUAAUAACCGUAGCGUACUAAUAAGCGUAAGUCCGUAGUCAGUAAGCAGAGUAAUAAUAAUAUUAAUAAUAAAAGAAACAACCUCCAUUGCCA